GGGGACGGCGACAGCGGGGCGGGCUACAAGCGGGGGGCCAUGGGCAAGGACUAUUAUCAGACUCUGGGCCUGGCCCGCGGCGCGUCGGACGAGGAGAUCAAGCGGGCCUACCGCCGCCAGGCGCUGCGCUACCACCCGGAUAAGAACAAGGAGCCCGGCGCCGAGGAGAAGUUCAAGGAGAUCGCCGAGGCCUACGACGUGCUCAGCGACCCGCGCAAGCGCGAGAUCUUCGACCGCUACGGGGAGGAAGGUCUAAAGGGCAGUGGCCCUAGUGGCGGGAGCAGCGGCGGUGCCAAUGGUACCUCUUUCAGCUACACAUUCCAUGGAGACCCUCAUGCCAUGUUUGCUGAGUUCUUUGGUGGAAGAAAUCCUUUCGACACCUUUUUUGGGCAGCGGAACGGGGAGGAAGGCAUGGACAUCGAUGACCCGUUCCCCUUUCCCAUGGGCAUGGGUGGCUUUACCAACGUGAACUUUGGACGCUCCCGCCCUACCCAAGAGCCCACCCGGAAGAAGCAAGAUCCCCCUGUCACCCACGACCUUAGGGUCUCCCUUGAAGAAAUCUACAGCGGCUGUACCAAGAAGAUGAAAAUUUCCCACAAGCGGCUGAACCCAGAUGGAAAGAGCAUUCGAAACGAAGACAAGAUCUUGACCAUCGAAGUAAAGAAGGGAUGGAAAGAAGGGACCAAAAUCACCUUCCCCAAGGAAGGAGAUCAGACCUCCAACAACAUUCCAGCUGACAUCGUCUUUGUUUUAAAGGACAAACCACACAAUAUCUUUAAGAGGGACGGCUCUGAUGUCAUUUAUCCUGCCAGGAUCAGCCUGCGAGAUGCUCUAUGUGGCUGUACAGUGAACGUCCCCACUCUGGACGGCAGGACCAUACCCGUCGUAUUCAAAGAUGUCAUCAGGCCUGGCAUGCGGCGAAAAGUUCCUGGAGAAGGCCUCCCUCUCCCCAAAAUGCCUGAGAAACGCGGGGACCUCAUUAUUGAGUUCGAAGUGAUGUUCCCUGAAAGGAUCCCCCAGACAUCAAGAACCGUACUUGAGCAGGUUCUUCCAAUAUAACCAAGGACUGACUGGGGACCUUUCCAGAGCUCAAGGAUUUCCAGACCGUUCCACCAUUUGUGCACCAUGAGAGGGCGGGGGGCCCAGGGAGGGCUUUGAUACUGCUGAAUGUUUUCCAGAGAAUAUAUUACAAUCUUUCAAAGUCGUGCACUAGACUUAAGUGGUUUUUCUAGCGAUAGGACGGCAGGUGGUGGGAACAGCAGGAAAAGGCAUUCCAGUCUGCUCCUCCAGGUCUUGCAGCCCUCCAGGGAUGGGCUCACACCCUCCACCUCCAGUCCCUGCCCACGGGCCAGAAGCAGACCCGCAACUGGACUUGAUCCCUCUGUAGUCCCUUUGCUUCUGCUGUUAGGUAGUCUCCGCCUGCUGUCUUGGUUACCAGACCCUGUACACUUCUCAGUUUCUGUUGUGUGACAGUUUGUGUUUUUAUUCUGUAUUUGUCUCCCACGUCUUGCUGUUCCCCUGGAGAAUCCUGUCUUCUUUUGGGUCAUCUCAAGUUGUGAACCUAAACUGUUUCUGCAGAACUGCCUGGCCAGCACCCACAAGCAAUACCUCCGUUGCAACAGGACCAAGGGAGCCAGCCUACAGUGAGUGAGUCUCGCAGCCCCCCUCUCCCUCGAGAGUCGAGGGGCCUGACCGCCGCCAGGCCCCUCCCAACCUCUGCCUCUGGUGAAGCUGAGUGUGCUCACUUAUGGGUCACAUUCUAUUCUGUAAGGCAAUCUUUGGCACACCUGGGGCUACCAGUGGCCCAGGUCAUUUUUUGUUUCAUGGACUCUGGACUCUGUUUCAAAGGGAUCUGAUCCUUUUGAAUUUUGCACAGCCCUAGAUAUAAUCCCUUUUGAUAAAAGGGUCUUUGCUUCUGAUUACAGGAGCACUGUGAAGCAUCUGUAAAUAUGUUUUUAUAAUCCAUGUAAAAUUGGUGUGCACUCAAAUGAAACCAGUCCAUAGCAGCCGCUGCUCUCUGUGUAGGGUGAGAAUGGAAUUCAGCGGAAACCUGGGGAGUGGGAGAAAUUGGAACAACUGUCUGUUCCCUGGAGACCAGUCUGGUGCUCAGACCUUUAGACUCAUUGUAAGUUGCCACUGCCGACAUGAGACCAAAGUGUGUGACUUGUCAAUAUGCAGUGUGACAGCAUUAAAGACUGAUGCUAAACCUCA